AUGCCGUUUCAUUUGAACUUCGUCUCGAGGCUCAAAAAUAAAAUUCCGCGACCUUUCUUCAGCAACGGUUCCAGAAGGGGGCGACUCACUCCAUUUAUGCUACACGGAUGCACGGGUGCUACCCAUACGUGCUUCAGCUAUAAACGGCGAGAUCCAGCACAGCCGUAGCCAACUCAAGCUUAAUAUUAUCUCUGAGCUUCAAGGUUAAAUGGAGGAAUCAGCAAAGCGAAGAGAAAGACUAAAAGCAAUGCGUACGCAAGCUGAUCAGGCUGAAGUUCCUAAUAAUGCUCAAAGUUCUGGAAUGCCUGGUUGCCUCUCCAAUCCAUUGGUUGAAACUGCAACUACAGCAGUGCGGGAGUCAUAUGCUCCAAGGUUUGAUUUUUACACGGACCCAAUGUCAGCAUUCUCCGAUAGCAGGAAGAGCAGCAAAGCUGGUAAUCAGAUCAGACCAGAUUGUUUCUCUUCUCCAAGAAAUAAUGGUUCUCCUAUGUCACGGUUCUCACCUUCUCUUCCGGCAGGACCAAGGAAUCCAUCUCUUGCUCAUCAAAUUCAGAGUAAUUGGUCACCGAACCAGAUAGUGUAUCAACCACAAGUUAUGGCCAGUCCUCAUCGAAGCCCAGUAGGAACGGCCAGUCCUGUUUCUAUGCAUCCACAAACUCCUGAAUUCUGGAAUGGAUCCACCGGCCCAACUAGCUAUAGUUCUUCAUCUAAUCCAUCUAGAGGGGGCCAUCUUCCAAGCCCUGGCUUUGGACCAAGAGGUAGCCCUUAUUCAAACACCGGGCAAGGCAGGGGUUAUUGGGCCAGCCACAGUCCAAGCCCUGGUUCAGGGCGUGGUGGUCCUCACCCUACUUCUGGAAGAGGUGGUAGUAGCUGGUAUGGCAGCAGCAGGAGCCCUGGUUUGGGACAAAGUAGUGGACAAGGACGGGGUUCUCAUGCUCGUUUCUUGGCACCAGGCCGAUCGCUGGGUCCAGAGCAGUUUUACAACGAGUCCAUGUUGGAAGACCCAUGGAAGUUUUCGAAACCUGUUAUGUGGCAGAGCAUGCAUGUUUCUGUGAAUUACUUGAACACCCCUGACUCGUCCAAGAAUUGGACUACAAAAUCUCAUAGCACAAAAAAAGCGAGAGUUUCAGAAGCUUUAAAUAAGUCAAGUAAUCAACCAAGCUUAGCGGAGUACUUGGCUGACUCGUUUAAAGAAGCUGUUGAUGACGGAGCAAGUACAUGACAGUUGCUUUGGCGAGCCUUUUGCUACGCUUAGGCCCUACUGUUAGGAUGGCUAACCAGAAAGAGAAGCAGGAAUGCAAAAAAGACGUCUAUUAGAUGUCUGGGCGCCUUCGCCCAAAAAAAA